CACCCAAUGGGGCCUCACUUUCGCGCUCGCCCGCGUUCGGCGCCACGGCAGCCAACACGCUGUCGUCGCCGGCUUCUCUCAGUGACUAGUAUACCCUACGUGCGAGCGAGCGUUUAUUCCGUCGUGAGCUCGUCUGUCUCGUCGGGAGAGCAGCGAGAGAAAAAAGAGAACGGAAAAAGGGAGAAGUAUAAGAAAAAUAAAGAGAGAGAGAGAGAGAGACAGUGUCGUGUUGUGUUUUGUAACGUAUGUGCGUCCUUUUCUCAUAGACCGUAUACGUCGCUCGUUAAGUGUGCUUAUUCGAAUUGUCGCGGCAGUUGGUCGUGAAACGCGACGCGCGCGCGCGCGCCCAACAUCGGAAAUUGCGUCGCACGCCGGCGACGCGUACCGGCGCCGGUGACCCUGACAUUCGAGAAGCCGGCAGCCGAGACACAUUCGUCGUCUCGUGCGCGCAGGAGCAACAUCGCGCUGUGUUAUGCCAAGUCGGCGGCGGUGAACGAACGUACGCACGUACGUACGUAUAUACGUACGUGAGAGAGAGAAAGAGAAGAAACGCGGAAACGGACAAUGAUCGACGAGGACGCGUAGUGUAUUCUUCGCACUGCCGGACUUUUCGCGACUUUUAGUGACUUUUCUUUGGACAGAGUGGCGCGGUGUGUAUGUAUCUCUAGUACGCAGUGACCUUGACUUCGAUGCGCAACUAGGAGAGACUAGAGCCAACGUCACGCCAUAUUCCGGGCAGUGUUUCCGAGCGGUGUGUGCCUAUCGCGCGACCGACAAUUUUGUUGUGACGCGCAACAACGAAUGACCUUGAUUCUGACGGGUAGGCGACUCCUUGAUUUCGUCGAGUCGCGAAUCGGUCUCGGGCGUCAGAUCGAUUUCCGCCAUUCUCACACGGUUUCUUUUCUUCGUCGUAUUCGCAUCGCGUGAGAUGUAACCGAAAAUGAAGAACUGAAGUGAGCCGAUCAUCGUAAUCGCAACGAAUCGCGCGUUCGUCCAUCGGUAACCGCGAUAUUCGCAAUUUUCGAACCUACAUUCGAGCCACUCUCAACGAGAAACUACGUUCGAGAAUUAACGGGAAAGGACACGCGACCUUGAGCAAAAACCGAGCAUCUAUGGCACCGCGGCGUCACGCCAACGGCGGCCACGGCGGUGGCGGUGGCCUCCUGGAGAACGGGGGCGGCGCCGGUGGCGGUAUCAACGAUCCCAUGGACAAUCUCCUGGGUAAUCCGACCCAGACGACGCGAUGCUGCACGCCGACCGGUGAGUGCCUGCGCGGCGAUACUCUCAUCCGUUUAAACGCCCUGCACGACACGGUCAAGGUCACCUGCAACAACGACAACUGCCCGAUCGGCCAGUUUAUGCAUCGCGAGUGCUUCGACGUCUGGGAGCAAACGGUACUCACGUACCUAAAGAGCUGCGGUCGCGCUCGCAGCUGGUCCGAGCGUCAACGUCAUCAGAAUCUCUGGACCAAGAAGGGCUACGAUCUCGCGUUCAAGGCGUGCGGCUGCCGCUGCGGCCGCGGCCACUUGAAGAAGGAUCUCGACUGGCUGCCACCCGGCUUCGGCAACGUGCCCGGUAAUCGUCCCGACGAGAACGAAGCCAAGAAGAAGAAACGACGCAACCGGCAGAACACCCGACCGAGCCUGGCCGUGUCGGCCGGACCGCCCAAUCACGGCAAUCACGUCGUCACCGCCAACGGGCGCGGCACCAGCGAGGCUCAGAUGAUCGAGUCGGGCCGCGGCAGGGCCGGUUCCCUGUCAUCCAGCACCGGUUCCAGCUCGCCGCCGGCCACCAGCGAGCCCAGCGUCAGUCCGCUGCACCAACCGCAGGUUAUCAUGAAGAAGAAGAGCAAGGUCGACUUCUUCAGCGAUCGCGCAAGACAAAGCUGUGGCGCCAACGGCAUCUUCUCCCGUCGUCUAGAUUUCAGCGCUUUCAACAGUCUGCCCCGCACCAAACUUAACUCCUACCACAUCAAGAUGGAAGACGAGGGCAAUCACGGCAACGACGAUACCAGAUGCUUCAUCCUGUCGACAUUGGCGGCUUUGCAAUGGUCAAGAGUUACGUGCGUUCUUUGUCGCGCUGCCAUGUUGGUCUUUGACAGGUACCCGUUGGUGGACGGGACGUUCUUCUUGUCACCCAGACAACAUUCGCCCGCUUGUGCUGAGGUGAAAGUCGAAGGUCGCACACAAUUUUUGUCAGCCGUGUGCAUGAGUUGUUUGGAGGGCAGCGGCGGGCAGCCUGUACGUUGUCGUUUCUGUACCCAACCGUGGGAUGGCUCGAGCCUGGUCCUCGGUACCAUGUACAGUUACGAUAUCUUCGCUGCCAUGCCCUGCUGCAGCGAGCGACUCAAGUGCAACAGCUGUCAGAAACCCCUGAUCUACCCUCAUCAGCGACUAAACUUCUACUCGGACUACAGCCGCGUUUUCGCCUGUCCGCAUUGCAGGGCAGUCGACGCACACUUCGUAAAGCCGCUCUCGGCCUGUUUCACCCGCGAGCAAUUUCAGCUCUACAGCCAGUGGCCGUAACCAUUAGAGAACUUAGCGAACCGCCGCCGUUUGCGCACCGCGGCCGAUCUGCGUCCCCUCUUCUACAGAUCGAUCUCUCUGCUCCGGACGACCGUGCUUUAGAAUCCUUCCUUCGAUUCCGUAGGAAACUUUUGACAAUGGCGAACGCACUGAGGGGCCGCGAUCUUUCCUUAGAGCGUUUCGUCGGCCGGAUCCACCGAUGUAUGUAUUAAUUUGUUAGAGACUUUCAUUUCGCUCGAUAUAGCUUUUUAUUUUUUUCUUUUGUAAUCCCUUAGGAAUUUUUCUUUUAAUAUAAUCAGAACGGGGGGGUGAUUAUCCAAUGGCUGUUCUGGAUGAGCUUUUAGGGUUUUUAAUUUGUAUCUCGCGGUAGCAAACGAGACGGUACGUGCGAGCCCCUUGGCGCGUUCCCGUAUCGCUAAUGAAGAUAAAGAUGUUUAAGAUGUUUCUUUUUAAUAUCGAUUGUGUAGAUUUAUCUAGAUUGAUCUUUUUUUAAACGGGAGACGCCGAAUCUCGGCACUCGUCGACAUUUCGUUUGGCGAGGUUUGCAAACCUAGUGCAUUUUUUCGUAUGUCACUCUAAGUUUUUAGGCAUUUAUCGUGAGAUUCGUUGAAAUGUGAGUGGCAGUUAUUAAUUUUUCAUUAAUAUACGCGUUUGACGAUUCCCUUUGUGAACGUGUUUCUUUGAUAUAGAUUUUUAAUUAACAAAUUUUUUUUUGUAU